ACCCCCCAUCGGUUGGUGUGUGGGUGACGCCAAGCACACGUGUGUGAUUCCAAUAUGGCGCUGCCCUGAGUAAGUCAUGUUACUGUACACAUCAAUGUUGUUAGAUCGCAUGUAGGCAUGUUUAAAGCUGAACGUUUUGUCCUUCAGUCCAUAAAGUAUAUACAAGCGACCUAAACUUGGUUACGUUUUGGAAAAUGCGGAGACAUUGGAGAGACCAUGACAACAUAAACACGCCUUGCUAACGCUAGACUUCAGCAAGAGAAAAGACCAUUAACUUUGCAGCUGCUGUUAUGUCGUCCAGUUUGCAGUUAAAGCAGGCUGUCGUUGUGACACACAGACUAGCCCGACUUUGUGUGGCUCUGAGAGGUAACUGUUAUGUCUGUCCCAAGCUAAAUGUCACGGCCAGUGUGCGAAGCUUUGGGACUGGGGCUGAAGGGUCUGGUGAGGAUGGGAACAACCCUGCCCCCAAAGUUCCACCUUUACCCCUUAAAGCACCAUUGUUUGGCAGGCGGAGACCCCUGUCACCCUUGGAGAGGGUCAGUCGUCUGAUACCACAGGAAAGUCUGAGCCCUGAAGUGUGGCAGCUGAGAGAGGACAAAAAGGAAGAUAACAAUGACAGACCAGAAGGUGCUCAGAAUGAUAAGGUGCCUGUUGAAGCCUUGCAUGGGGACACUCACACACAUCAGGAGGUAGAAGGCAGUCAGGGGGACAUCCAAAGGAGAGGAGAGGAAGUGGACAGUGUGUCAGUUGGUGACAGCCUCACCACAGCAGACGCUGGGCCACCAACUGAGAGCACAGAGUCCGCUCAGGACGCUCACGUCUGUCUCCCAGGAGAGCGACUGUUGUCCUACGGAGAACUCGUCCUGGCAGAGCGACGGAAGAAAAAACGAAUCGCGUUUCAGAAGAUGUUCACACUGGAGGAGGGUGGGAAGCUGUAUAGCCCCUGGGGUUGGAUCCCCCACAACGCCAUCGCUGAGCACCCCUCUGGCCCGUCCCUCCACACCUCUCUGGGUAUCCCAAUGUCCCUGCGCCGACCCAGUCUGGAGGAGUUCACCCUGUACAUGAAGAGAGGGCCAGCCAUCACCUACCCUAAGGACUGUGCAGCAAUGGCGAUGAUGAUGGACAUUAGUGAGGGGGACUGUGUGCUGGAGUCAGGCUCAGGGUCUGGAGCCUUGAGUCUCUUCUUGUCCAGAGCAGUGGGCUCUAAGGGCAGAGUUUUGAGUGUUGAGGUGAGGGAUGACCAUCACAGACGAGCCCGCCUGAACUACAAGCACUGGCGGAAAUCUUGGAGCCUGCGUCGAGGAGAGGACUGGCCAGACAAUGUGCAGUUCCAUAAGGCAGACCUGCAGACUGCUGGGUCUCUCCUGACAGGCUGGGGGUUCAACUCGAUUGCACUGGACAUGCUGGAUCCUCAGCUAGUUCUGCCUGUUGUCAUUCCACACUUGCACCCAGGGGCCGUGUGUGCUGUAUAUUUGGCAAAUGUGACGCAGAUUGUUGAAUUGCUGGAGGGAAUCCACUACUCCAAACUACCUCUGGUUUGUGAACGCGUCAUUGAGGUGCAGUACCGGGAUUGGUACGUGGGUCCGUCAUUCAGGAAAGACGGCAGCUUGAACAGCAGGAGAGCACUAACAGAGGAGGGUCAGGAGGAGGAGGAGGAGGAAUCUAAUGGCGAGGGGAAAGACAAAGCAAGCAGUCCAGACGCCAGACCCUUCGGCAGUGUGCCAUAUGUUGCAAGACCACACCCAGAGCAGUUAGGGCACACAGCGUUCCUGGUAAGACUGCGAAAGAUUUGGAAAUAGUUCCAAACAGGUCCACAGGAAAGGAAACAGUCCAAAUCAUAGUCAUGUUGAAUGUACAUACUGUUUUCCAUGUCCCCCAUUAAAUGUAUGCUCUUGCAUUUGU